AUGUACGGAGAUGGAGACCGGCUGACCCCGCGGAGGGACUGCAUGUGUUACCUGGGACCCCCGACCACCUUGAUGCCCAUCGGAAUGCGCAAAUCCCCCGAGGUGAGUCCCAGAAGGCUGUCCGACAUCAGCCCCCAACUCCGCCAGCUCAAGUACCUGGUGGUGGAUGAAUCGAUUAAAGAGGACCUGAAGUCAUCUCGAUCAGUUGAGGACAUCAACAGCGCGUCCAUCGAGGAGAGGAUCUUGAGAAUCACCGGCUAUUAUGGCUACCAGCCGUGGAAUGCCGUGUAUAAGAGGGAGGACCGGCCGAGGGAGAACAUCGUGGGCACUGCCGAUGGACAGGCGAUGGUGGGCGGAGCAGGGGCGGAGUCAGGGACCGGAAGGCAGAAAUUAAACUGCUGUGUGCGAGUGACAGCCGUCCAAGUGCGAAAAGCAAUAUGGGGCGUGGCCAUGGUGAUGUGCGUGUGCUCGUCGUGGGCAGGCUCCACCCAGCUGGCCAAACUGACCUUCAAGCAGUACGACGCGCCUUUCACUCUCACGUGGUUCGCCACCACGUGGAACUGCCUCUUCUUUCCUCUGUACUACAUCGGACAUCUGUGCAAGAGUCCUGAGAGACAGACACCAAAACAGAGGUUUAGAGAGUGCUGUCGGUUCUUCGGGGACGAUGGACUGACGGCGAAGGUGUUCUUCACUAAAGUGGCUCCUUUUGGCCUGCUGUGGAUUAUGACAAACUACCUAUACCUUCAGGCUCUGAGAAAGAUCAACAGCACUGAUGUAUCGGCCCUCUUCUGCUGUAACAAAGCCUUCGUCUUUCUCCUGUCCUGGAUUGUGCUGCGGGAUCGCUUCAUGGGCGUCAGGAUUGUUGCUGCCAUUCUGGCCAUCGCUGGGAUCGUGAUGCUGACCUACGCUGAUGGCUUUCACAGUCACUCCGUUAUCGGCAUAACGCUUGUAGUGGCCUCUGCAUCUGCCUCUGCCCUCUAUAAGGUGCUUUUCAAGCUCGUCUUGGGCAGUGCCAAGUUUGGUGAGGCGGCUCUGUUUCUGACCAUUGUCGGAGGCGCAAACUUUGUCUUUAUGAGCUUUGUUCCAGUCAUACUGUACUUCACACAUGUUGAGUACUUCACAUCCAUUGUUGAUCUUCCCUGGGCCUACCUGUGUGGAGUAGCUGGACUCUUGCUAGCAUUCAAUAUUCUGGUGAAUUUUGGCAUUGCCAUUACAUACCCUACGCUGAUUUCACUUGGAAUUGUGCUGAGUGUUCCAGUCAAUGCAAUGGUGGACCUGUACACCUGUGAUAUCCACUUCAACACAGUUCGACUCAUCGCUGUGUUUAUCAUCUGUCUGGGCUUCCUGAUGCUGCUGUUACCGGAGGACUGGGAUCAGUGUUUGAUUGAGCUCGGCACCAAACUCAGAAAGCGAGAACAGCCUGUUGAGCCGGCUGAGACUGGAACCAGCUCAGGACUCAACUGGACCCGACGGGCCAGGACCUCGAUGUCCACAUUCUCCCACUGACACCCAUUUACCUUUUCGGGUUUAAAGUCCAGUGACUGGAUGAUGCUGGAAAGAGCGUUCAUUCCAUAGGCUAUAAUUCACAAUCAUACACAUUACAGCAAAAGCUUUCAGUCGUGCAAAAGAAACAUUUAUAUAUUUUUUUGCAGUUCACCCAACUGUAAGUGGAUUUGAAAAACGACUUGGGUCUUUAUUUGGAACUAAAGAGCAGGGGUCUCAAACUACAAACAUACAGGCUAUUGGGUUAAUAGUUUAUCAGUUUAUAGACUUUUUUCCCCUUUCAGUAUAAAUUGAAACUUUAAUAAAUAAAUAUUACAUUUAAAAAUAUAUUUCAAAUUAUUAUCUGUAAUUUAAUGUAUAUUAUAUAUUGUAAUUUAAUUAUGUAUAUUUCUUAUUCUCGACAUGGGUUUUACAAGCCUAAAACUUGAAUGUAAAUGAACAGAAAAGUGUGGGUUACAUGCAUCUAUAUAAAACUAGAUGGCUCUUAUUACAGUCGAUGGAGUGGUUACACUGAGAGCGCUUGUUGUGGCGUCUUCAGUAGAUGGAAGUUUCUAUUUUUGAUGCACUAUAGCUAUUUCAACCUUUUUAUUUUAUUUGGUCCGUCUGAUAUGCAGUGUAUAUAUGUAGAAUAAAAUUAUCUAUUUUAGUCAUUUUAUAUGUUUAUGUUAUUUCCGAUGUGCUACCUGUCUGUGCAAGGAGAAAAUUGAAGUAGCAGUAAUGCAAUUUCAGGCAUCAUUACUCGACUAAACAUGCGCUAGGUAUGAAGGAAAGAUGUAACUACGUAGUUAAAAUGUAAGGUCAUUUGUAUUUUUUGUAACCGUUCAACUGGCCCAAGUGGAAAAAACACCCGGUAGUUUGAGUUUGAGACCUACGCUCAAGAGACCCAAGAGACCAGAGUCCCUGCUUGUUUUUGAGAUUGUUUAACUUCCCUUCGGGGCUCAGAGAAACAAGUCUGUCACUUAUGCUCACAUUAUGACUUUCACUGGCACAAAUCACUGCCAGUGUCCAUUAGAACAUGUGCCAAACAUUAAAAAUAGACAUUAAGAACUGCAGACUUCUCGUACAACAAAGUUCUACCUUGCAACAGGUGCAUCUGAGGGAUUUCCUCUCCCAAACUGUGACUGAAGAUAUUUUGGAUAACUCGAUGGGUUUGGAGAAAAGGUGGUCCCGGAAUAGCCUCAGGAUACAGUGGUGCUGAGGUUGGCUGGGAUGCCGGAGUAGUGCAGAUGUCCAGCUGGCCUCAUACAAAGUGCAUCUGAGGUCUAGAGGGAUUUCAUCUCCUAAACUGUGAACAAAGGGGUUUAAAGACAGCAUCCAGACUGAAGCUGUACUUUUGUUUCCAUCACAUUUUUCCGAGUCACAUGCUAACCACUGUGAGGACACUUCAGGGGCAGUUUUGGCAAACUGAAAAGGCAAUCUUCCGUGAGUCGUGUUACCGUAAAGGGUGCCUUGUGUAUCCUGUGAAUGUAUGACCAUUUCUGAAAAGUGCACCCACGCUAUGUGCUCUGCAAAAAGGUGGUGACUGGAACUGAAACGCCGCCUUUACAUACACAACACAUUCUGCACUUCAUAAGACCCAGUCGCUUUUCUUGAACACUGCAUUGCAUUUUUUAAUCUUACGGACUGUUCCCUUGGAAGGGAAUUAGUUCUACAGGAAAACGCAUGCA